GCUGGUUGAGCUCGUGACCCAGGCUAAUCUAGAAGAAGAGAAUGCAUAUAUCGAAAAAGUGAAGAAAUUCAUCAACUUGCCAGACGGUCGAAGAGAAUACUGCACACCCUGCACACCUCCAACAUUCAACUGUUCUGUCUCCUGAUGGCUCCACUGAUAAAGGUAGCUGCGCAGGCUGGUUUGCAGCGGCUUCUCAACAACCAAGCUUCGAAGCAGCAGGCAACUGGUGCAACUCUGGACGUGGCAUUGGCUGACCUGGACUCCUUGAGGCGCCACGCAGCAGAAGCAGCCAAAGCUGCAAAACAGGUGGUGUCUGGACUCUCAAAACCAGCUGGCUAUGAAGGUGGGAGCUCCGAGGUGGAUAGUGACGUCAGCAAAUUGCUGGAGGACUUCGGCCUUUUGCAGGCAGAUGGCAGCACCAUAUCCAUGAGCGGGGGUCAGAAGAAGGAUGACAUUGUUGUGGACGUGGCAAAGGUAUCGGCUGCUGCGUUGGAAAAGAAGGGGACUGGAGCACUCUUGUUGGCUCACGACGUUUUUUGCCUGGUGAACCGGGCCAGAGGAACAGCCUUGGUGUCUCCGGAAGAGGUGAUCAAAGCUUUGCGGACAUGUUGCAAGCCAUGCGGUCCAUUGAGGAUGCGCAAGUUGGGUUCAGCAGGUGCAGUGGCUGUGGCCUUGGCAAGGACAAGUGAUGCUGAUAUGGAUGUUCCACUAAUGCAGUUGCUGGAGGAAGCGCCGCUUUCGGCAUUUCGAGUGUCCAUCGAGCUGAAGAUCACAGCUACCGAGGCAAGGUACUUGCUGCAAGACGCAGAGAAACGGGCUGUCAUUGUUCGCGAUGAUGCGCCUGAAUGCGUUUACUUCUACCGCAACUUUUUCAACGAGUUCUGAGUGGAUUUCACUUGUACAUAGGACCUUCCACUUGAAAAUGCGCUGAAAAAA